CGUCUAAUCAGGAAUAUUCUACAGAAUUUUGCUGAGGAAACUGUAUGUAGAAUUCAGAAAAGCUAAUUUUUUUUAAAAAAAUGAGGUUAGAAGUUUCAGUUUUAUUUGUAAUUUUCUUGUGGAAUCAACAAUUCAAGGUUUUGAAGACUGAAAAACUUCCGAGAUUUUAUCCUUUUGGAGGAAAUGAGGGAGAUCAGUCAGUUGAACGAAAUGAUGAUGGUAGCUCAGGAGAGGUGCCGCUAUCCAUUUCUUUCCCUUACUUCGAUCAGAAUCACAAGUCACUCUUUGUAAGUAUAAUUUUGUUAUAUCAUGUAGUCCACAAGGCAUACGUUUCAUACAGUACUGUUAUAACUCCUGCGACAGAUGCAGAACAUUUCUUGGAAAUGAAAGUAUGAAUGAACACGGCUGGACACCAUCAGAGCAGCUUGCAGUCUGUCAAAAAGAAAAGAAUGUUGCACACCGACUAAGCGCCGAACUAGAUACACUGAAUGUUUAAUAGCAAUUUCACAUUUCAAUGUCCAGAUAAGAUAUAAAGGCUUUCCUGUGGAAUUGAUUUACAAAACCACAGCCAUUUCCGCUGUUAUUUCCAAAAGACAACAACUCGAGUUUAAUGUAAAGCUUUCUUAGAAAUCACAUGAUUUUGCGCACUUCUCUGAUUUGAUCUCCGGCUUCGAUACGGUAUUCUGAAAAGUAUGCCCUUUUUGCAUGACCUUUAGUAAUAAAAAUAUACAAAUGGGGAUUUUUAUAGUCUAACAUAAUCCGACAAUUAUUUCUGAAGGCUCGUUUGUUAUAAUUUUAUGUAGCAGAAAGGGCGGUUAAAAAUAGAGAGCUAUCAGAAGGAGCUUUUGACAGUUCAGGAAGAGUCACUGAAGAGUGUCCCGUGACACACUGCUGGUUCAGAAUGAGAUUAUAUGGACGUCAUGGUAGGAAAAAGAAUAAGAGUACCGCUGGAAGAGAUGAAAGUUAUGUUAGAGACGAAUAGUCCAUAAAUAUGUUGGGUAUCCUAUGUAAAGAUCGAAGGGUAGUUGCUGUUUGUCCGUGUUGUCUAGUAGUAGACGUUUUGCAGUGUUCUGAAGGCGUUUGGUAUUUUUUAUUUGGUCUAGUUGUGAUAGGACUAAAAUAUAACGCAAAAUUUAGGUUUUAGUUUCACAUCUGUUUUGUAAUGAUCAUGGACUAGGAGAAUGUAGUUAGCGUAGGCAAGAGUAUUUAUUACAGCUCUUUUCUCUUUAAGACUUGCAGAAGUCAUGAACGAUACAUUUCUCCAUGCAGGUAAACACCAAUGGCGUUAUUUCCUUCCUGGAUCAAGUUUCUCAAUUUACACCGGAUUCUUUUCCCCUGGGGGAUAAUCGUCGAUUGGUUGCACCAUUUUGGGCUGAUGUUGAUACUCGUGUAGCGGGACAAGUGUUCUACCGAGAAACCACGGAUCAAGCCCUCCUUCAACAGGCGAGCGAAGACGUCCAAGCCAACUUUGUGGAUCAUAGAAAAUUUAAAGCCAAUUGGUUAUUUAUUGCCACGUGGCACGAGGUGGCUUUUUAUGGCGCUGAAGGACCUUACAAAAAUAAGGUGUGUGGAAAAUAGUUCAAAAACAAAAAUGAUAUUUGCUUUCUUGUUUUGAUUGCUUACCCUCUUAUUGUUUCUUUUUAGAGAAACACUUUCCAGGCGGUUCUUAUUUCAAAUGGAAGACAUUCUUUUGUGAUUUUUACUUACAACAAACUCAUAUGGACUACUGGCAGGUCAACGCAAAGUGGUGGAGAUAGCGAAGGUAUUGGAGGCAUACCUGCACAGGUAUACUAACUUUAUGAAGUUAUCUUCUUUGUGAAUAUGUUUUUGAUACUUAACAUGUCUUUUUUUGUUUAUACUAAUAGGCAGGAUUUAAUGCUGGUGACGGGUUUCGUUAUUUUAAUAUCCCGGGAUCUCGUACCAGUCAAGUGCUCGAUCUACCAAACAAGUCGAAUGUUGGAGUGUCAGGUCGAUGGAUGUUCCGCAUUGACAACGCUAAAAUCGAAGCUGCUGGCUGUAAUACAAAAGGUAGAUGUCGAGCAGCACUUUACUCGUGUUCUAUUUAGGAGAGAGGUAGGGAAUCGAGGCUAGCGUAUAUACCAUUACACUUGUCAAAUUGACCAUAGCUAUAAGGGACACUGUACGGUCAAAUAUGGAAAAGACCCAAAGAUGCAUUUGCAACAAAGAAAACAUUGAUACAACAUCUCUCUUGGUAGUAAGCAUUUCAUAUAUGCAACUAUGUUUUUACGUUUCUCUUUCGCCAUAAGUGGAGACAUAAAAAAGGCCGGCUUGCAACUUGAUAACAUUAGACUAAAUUAAAAAUUUUUCAUUUUGCUGUCUCGGGAAAAUUUGUUACAUAUAAUACUUUUUGCUUUCCUCCUAUUGAUUCGCCUAAAAUACAUGCUGCUGGUGGCUGACGCCCGUUGAAUGUACUCGUUCAUAAUUUUAGCAAACCGCAUUUCAAGAAUUAGCAGAUAGUGGUGCCCCUCUAAAAAUCCUUUAAUGCUGUCCUACUCGGUUGCCACCCUGAUCUAUUAUCUUUAAUUUGCUUUUCAGGAUCUCUUGUUGUUUCACCACAGUCGGUUAUGAUGCUAGGUGGUGAUAACAUUUUACUCUCCGGGCCUUGCUUCCAACCAUCGCAUCACAUAAUUUGUCAAUUUGCUGAUGGAAAAUUAAGUAACGGAAGUUACAUCGACGAAAAUCGGGCAUCAUGUACUGUACCUAUGCUUAACAUAACUGGCAGGUUGUCAAUCAAGCUAUCCGUCAAUGGGGGAGCGAGCUUUAAUUUUCAAGGAAAUUUAACAAUAGGUAUUUUUUUUUACUUAUAAUAAAGCCCUGAACACUCGAACAAUGAAAAAAGCAAAGCGAGUAAUGUUUUUAGCAAAAUCAAAAGGAAAAUGAAAAUGAAUUAUAAACACGCAUGUAAUUAAGACUGCAUUGGAAAAGACCAUCUGAUGGCUGACGGCUUUUCUAAAAACUUUCGGCUUCGAUUAACGUUGCUAUGCUUUUAGUCUUUCUUUUCUUCUUUUCUUUUAGUCUUUCUCUUGAAUGACUGAAUAAAUGAUUGAAUUCAAAGUGUCAGAACGGCAGUAACUGGGGACUCAUAGCCGCUUUAAUAAAGUACUGGUUGAAGAAGCAGAAAAACGCCCAAAAGCUAUAGCGCUAUGAAUGAAGGUCUUUGUUACAAAUAAACUGAAGUAUCAAAGAUACUCCAUUUUAACUAUGUGAGACACUCUUACAACGAUACCAGUUUUCUAAUUUCUCCUCGGUACAAAAACAAACUGAAUAACCAAAACAAAAACUUCAAAAACUAAAACUUAAACUAAACUUUUAAGGUCUUUAAGCGAAGAACGAUUUAAUCUUACUUUCAGUGAGUAUCAUCAGGGAUGAGCCUCGAGUUUCUCGAGUAGCCUCAGAAUCAUGGGAGGAACAGAAGCCUGUUAAUAUCACCUGGGACCCAGUCUAUCUCGGCAAGCAGAAUCAGACUGUGGAUGUUCAGUUGGUGCGCUUUUCUAUGAAGGAUGAUGAUCACGUGUCUUUUCAUAGCAUGUUCACUUUGAUAACAGAACAGUUGAAUACUGGAGAAGCUCAUUUUGUUGUACCAAAGAAAGAGGGACAGGGGUAGGUAUUGGAACAAUUAACGUAUUCAAGCGCUCCCGAUUCAAGAUAAAAUUAUUUUUUCCCGUUUUACGUUAAGUUCAGUAAUUUGGAGGAAGGGCACAUAAAUAGAAAUUAAAUGUUACAGUGCUGCGAGGCUAAGAGUGAUAGAUUUUGGUCAGUCGCUGUUUGACAAUAUAUCUUGGAAGAUGUAAUAAAAUGAAGUUACUAGACAUUUACUAAAAACCAGACGAUAGAUUCUGGACGAUGGACUAUGGACUAUGAAUGAUAGACGAUAGACGAUCUACAAUUGUUAAUCUAAGGAACUACCAAAUAGGUUUUUAGUCUAAUCAAUGCAUAUUUUUAGAGCUUCAGGUGAAAAGGACCGUUUUACUACGCUUGUGACAGUAAGAAGAACAGGCAACAAGAGUAGCUUUGCUUCGGCCGAGUGGAUCUGGAGCGAUCUUUUUUUCUGGAAAAGUCAGGAGUUUGCUAACGAACGAUGUUUGUACUGGUAUGAGAAGCAACCACACCACAUAAUAUAUACCGGUAAGUAAUGUUUCCAAAUUAACCCACCCAUAUGAUAUGUCAAAAUAUGGCCAUUAACUUCUUUAUUGUCUAUUGUCGCAAACCGAGGCAGUCUUCUGACUGGUUGUGUUGACGUUAUUUUGCAAUAAUGGCGUCUCAAAAUAUAGGUUUAUGAUUGGCUCAAAGAAGUUUUGUAAGUCAUGGGAGGCCGCUCGAUACUCAAAUGGUUUGGCAGGCACGGAUCAAAUAAAAGUUUACUUUUGUUGAUGAACAUGCGAUGCAUGGUGUUCAGUUUACGUUGCUUUUCAGACUUGAGUUGAACUAGUGUCUAACUCGGAAACCUUUCGAUUAGUCUAAAAAUUAGGCAUUUCCCGUUCAUAUUUUGUUUCCUUAGGUAUUAAACCCAUUUACUGAUCUUAUAUUAAAAUAUUUUAAGUAAUAAUUGCUUGGUAGGUUGGAAAUGUCAAUGAAAGGUUUUGUAAUUGUUUAAUUCGUUGUAUUAUAUCAUGUAAUGUGUAUUGUGUUUUGUAUUGUAUUGUAAUAAAUUGCAUUGCAUUGUUGAAAACAAAGCACGGUUUACUUCAUCUGGCUUCGUUGUUGUAAACGCCCAUUAAUUAUGUACAAAUUGCAAUAGACCUUCAUCAAGGUAUUAAGUGUAAAAGAGUGUAACGGUUUCCAAAACUCUAUAAACAUAAAUCACCCCUUCAGAAAGAAUUUUCUAUAAUUCACAAGACGGCCUAGUAUAGCCUAUGAUUACUCGAAACUGAAUUACUUCAUUGUAACAAGGCUCGUUUAAAUAAAAGACACCGAAUACUAAGUUAGAGAUAGCCUAUUGGAAAUAACUGGUUCUCACAAACAAUUAGCCUAAAGAUCACCAACAGCCAGUCCCCGGUUACUCAAAGGCUGUAUAGAGCUAUCCCGCCUACCGGAUAAAUCACUAACCCUUGAAAGGAAAAGUAUUAUGGAAACCAAUUGUCUUAUUCACUGAAUAAAGAUUUAUCCAGGGGAUUUAGUCAUCCAUCUUUGAAACCACUGGAGAAAGAAGACAAGCAUUAUUAGCAGUACAGUACAUAGACAGCAGUAGCGGUUAUCUACAGUAGAUAAGCUGGUGGUUAAGGACCCUCACGGAAUUUCUCCAAUGAAAACUGAAAAGACUUCAUCAGAAAGUCCAUCCUAUUUUUAAAUCAAAAUAUGAUAUAUAACAUGAAGCAAAAGAGAAUGAUCUAGCUCAUUCUCUCUUGCAUGAAGUCAUUCAAAAUACACCUUUGAAGUCAUGUAUCUUCUUCAACUUUUGUUUCAGACGACAUCUCCCUUCUUCAUUGCCCGCACACUAGAGCCCAAGCCCUUGCGGAUCGUGGCCGUUUCACUAUCGAUGAAUACAGUAAUCCGGUGACCGCUGAUCAGCUUUAUUGCGGUGUUUAUUACCAUGGAGCAACGCUUUGCUUUAGAACAACUUCUCCUAGGUAAUUUUAAUGACCAGGGAUUUCUGCUUGUUUGUAAGUCUUAACUAGAUCGAUACGAGUUAAAAUCGAUUGUCAGUCAUUUCCCCCCUUUCUGACUGUUUCUUUAAUGAAUGAAAUGCCUUAAAUGAAGGCCUAUAUUUUUAUUUCGCUUAUGCAGAAAGUUAAAGAACAAGUCAAAUUUUACGAUUUACAACUUCCAGAAUGGCGACGCAAACCUGCUCGCUUACAUCGUUAUUUAUUUAUAUAUUUAUUCAUUUUCAUAGUAACCAAGGUACAGGUCAACAAUGCUGUUAUAAUGAAAUAGGAGACUUAAUCGUUGGCCCACGCAACGGAGGAUCCCUGGAUCGAGUCCAUGUGGAGGCAGGAGUACCAGCUCUAUCUCAUUUCUUUCACGAUAUUGUUCCCUACUGGGAUUGCUGCAUGCUCUCCGACAACUGUAAAAAGUACUUUGAAAAGAGGCCUUCAAAUGAUGGGGCUAAGUACAUACCACCAAGACCAGGUAUGAAGCCAGCUGAAGUACCGAGGGACGGUGUUCACCGGGCUUUGCAUUGACUCUGUUACCGGAUAUCAAUGACAGUUCCUCAUAAAAGAGGAUGUAGAGUUUUUUUUCCUGUAUUAAGAUAAUCUAAGAUCCCUUUCCACAAAUCACAGCGCAUCCAUGCCCGGCCAAGCGAUUAGGGUUCCCAGAUGAGCCCUAUGUAUUGAGGUAACCUUUUGCUGGUUAUCGUUUGCCUUAGGAAAGUCACUUGUUGGUGGUUGCGACCUUUUGACGGCGUACACAGGGUCCAGAGGUGAUGUGUGUGUCGUUAGAACAUCAAAACCCGUCGAAAACCUCUGAAAAAAUGGGUCAUUUUGAUCGCGUUACAGUUUCGUUACACAUACUAUAGACCGCAAACCAAGAGACUGAGGGCUCGCAAGAUCGGCUUACAGUAUAAAAUACGUUUUUUUAAUCGGUAUUUCGUGCCUCGGUCGCCCUUCGGGCGACGUGCCGUUUGCCAGCGAGGAUAUGGCUUGCGGUUAUUGAUUUUCAAAAUGGCGAACAACAAUGUCGAUCUGGGUCAGAUAACAAGCGAAGAAAUCGUUUACAGUAGAUUCAUAAAGAUCCCAUUGGGCUAAUUAAUCGUGCUAAGCGACGGGUAUAGACAUUUUUCAAGGUGAGACUUUAAAGAAGUAAUUCAUUUAUUCACACGAAACUCCUCAGGACCCUGUGCGGCGUAUUGCCGGUCUUCAUCAGACGGUUUUGUCGAUUGGCUGUGUGGGAUUAAUUCGUGUAUUCGCAACUAUUAAUAAAGAUCUAAAUGCACCAAUCACUUGAGGCCAACUAACCAUAACUUAACUGCGCUAAUUAGGUUGAAGGAUUUGAACUCGAGGGGCGACCAAGGACAAAUCCAGCAAGUGGCCAGGGCAGGGCACCAACCCAGGACCCCCGGAUUACGAGUCCGACGCACUGACCACUCAGCCACGCUGCUGCUAUUUAAUCAAUAGUUGUUGUGGUGUAACACAUUUUUUUCUUUCUGUAGCCACGUCUUACGGCGACCCUCACAUUGUCACACUUGACCACGUGGAGUACACUUUUAAUGGAUACGGAGAGUAUCAGAUUCUUCAUGUAACGGGUCCUGAAUUUAGCCUUCAGGGAAGAAUGCAGCCACUGAUCACUGCAGACGGAGUAAAGAGUAAUGCUACAGUUUACAAAGCGUUUGCUAUGAAAGAAGACGGAUCAGAUCUUAUUCAGGUGAUGACUAACGCAAAGACUGCCGAACCUAUAGGUCAUUAGAGGACUAAAAACAGGGUCUGUAAAUAAAGCUAAAAAUUAAUUUUUUUAGACAUUUCUGAUCUGUCACGUAACCAAGACUAGUCCCAAACAGCAUUUGAUCUCAAGAUAGUAAGAGGUUAUUUGACAAGCGAAUUUUUUCUAAACCAGAAAAUUUAAACGGUCUGUCUCUUAACAGGUCCACAUUAACGGUCGCAAUGAAAUGGAGAUUUUGGUUAAUGGCGUCGUCACUGAGUAUGCCGAGCAGUUUAUGAUGGAUUUUAACGGCGUCGCUAUCUUAAAAUGUGAAAACACCUCUAAAUACUCCGUCAUGUUUAACUCUGGAAUAUCAGUUACAGUCGAAAAAGCUGAAGCAGAUAUAUUGCAAAUCAUGAUGCUGGUGCCUCCGAUAUUUAAAGGUGCGGUGAAUACUAGAGAUGUCUAGUCUCACUUUGAUUUAACUCAAAUAAUUUAUAUCCUGACUGUGUUAUCAUUCUUUAUCAAAAGAUUUCUCCGUCUCUGAUUGGCCUGAGUCCUCUGGCUAAUUUUUCAUAACUACCUANAAACUACAGGAAAGUGUUGUGAAGAAUUAUUUCGUACAGGUGAGGAUGUUAGGAGCUUAGCCAAGAGUGUUGAACGAACAAUAAAUGAGUUCUAUAUGCGUUGGAUUCGGCCUUCGAAUAAUACAGGUAUGAAGAAUUAUGGAGCGGAUCCCCUCCUCUAUUUCAUGUGCCCUGUCCAAUAUCUGUAUUACUUCUCGUCUAUAAGUGUAGUUUGCACUGGAUCAGGUCCAAAAAGCCACAGGUCCUGUCAAAAUUAUGCUUGCUCUGAAAUUAGUCAAAUAAAUUACAUAUGCUCAUCCCAACCAGAAACUCAUAAGGGGUUUGAGUUUCUGUACAAACGCAACCUCGUCCCCAGAGCCUUCUCGUUUUAUACAACUGUGGUCAGCUAGUUUACCCGAAAGACGCUGGGUGGCUGAAUGCUGGCGAGCGGAAGAAGUUGUGGCAAGAUGACUAUAAAAUGUGACAUGAUUAACAAUUUUUGCUAUCUUCACUUUUCAGUAUAUAUUUCUAACGUUUCUAAAACGCUUUAUAGGAAACACAAGUGGCCUCAUGGGAUUCUGGGAUGGAAAUAAGGACCGAGAAUUCUUGCUUCCUGAUGGGGUCUUCCUUAACAUCAAUCCAAGUGAAUCCAGAAGACUUCACUAUGAAUUUGGGCAACAGUGUAAGCACUUAAAUCUACAGAUAUAACGCUGAAAAAUUUGACUCAGGUCAAGCUUGUCUUUCUUACGAGACGGAAAACACUUUGCAAAAUAGUUUAUCAACCAACCAACGACGAAUUUUAUUUGCAUGACCACACAAGUACACACAGUGUUGCAAAAGCUAUUUUAAGAGGAAUAUACUUUUCUCUACGCUCCACAGCAAAAGACGCAUUUAAUAGCCCGCUUUAGACACUUGAAGCUUAUUGAAGAGCAAACGAACCUUUUUUCGAUCUGUUGAACAUCCCUAAAGAUUAUAAUCCUUUUAGGAAAUUUUGAAUUAAAAAAUGCAAUUAAAAAUGAGGGAGUAUCGACAUAUUGUCUCAUUCCCUCGAUGGCAACCCUUUAAAGACAUCAUUUUGAAUUCCGCAAAAUAGAUCAAAAUUAAGGAUUGUAAUGAAUGUUUUUUCAGGCAAUCACGGAAAUGAACAAAUAGGCAGUGCACUUAAUUGCAAUAUAGGUGAAAGCCUAGAUUAGAUAUACGAGUUAUUAAAAAGACCUAUGAUUAAAUUUUAGUUUUCUUUAAAAGAAUUUAUAUUUACAAUGAGUUUUUUCUAUUUCAGGGGUUACAACCGGCAAUAUUUCUUUAUUUACUUACGAAGAAGGCAAAAGUCAUGCAUUUUACUUCGAUGCUAACUACGUACCGACAUUUUUGGAUGAAGAGGAGUUAAGCUUUGAUGAUUCUGCCUUGGGUCUGCAGGCACGUGACGUGUGUGGCCAUAACAGGCAGUGCAUGUUUGAUAUCCACACUACUAGAAGGGUCAACAUUGGAAUAGCAUCUAAACAGGCCGUGGAAUCGUUUAUUGAAAUAAAUAUUGCAACACAAACUCAGGGUAGGUAACACAGUGAAGACACUAGAAAUCGAUAAAAAUCGGAUGGAAUGCUAUAAAGAUCACGUGACAAUCUUGUCAAUCUGACAGAUUUUAAAAAAAUAUUGCAACGUAAACAAAAUCUGCAACUGAACAGAGAGUGAAUACUCAUUGAAAAAGGCAGUUAAUUAAUAAUCUUUAGACUAAACGCAACGGACUUUGAAGCACAUCAUAAACACAGCUUCAACAUUACUCAACAUAUGCUGCAUUCCCAUAUGGUCAGUAAUGUUGCAUCUUGUUACCUGACAAGCAGAAAACAAUUCUCACACGCAAUUGUUUAACAGGAUAUGCCAUGUUUGUUUAUCAAAGUCCCUGUGGUUUAUGUGAAAAAAGCAUUUUUACUGAGCUGAAUUUCAGCUUUCAUCGGUUAAGUAUACUGAAGAUGUCGAUUUGAUCAUUUUAAUUAUGUUUUUCAGGUUAUGAAGCGCGAUAUCGUGUAAAAGUGACAACGUGUUUAAUAGCAGCAGCGAUCAUUCUGGUCAUUUUCUUCCUAGUUAGGAGUAGGCGCAGAAGACCCCUCACAAUUAAUGAGAAGUCGCCUUCACAAGAAGGAAAAAGUACCUCGGAUAAAUUGACUGUUGCAUCACCCGAAGAUGUUGAAGAGGAUUCUUCUCCACAAGAAGUAACCGCGAAAAAAUAGAUAACCUACCGAUCCUUACUAUUUUGUCAGACCUUUUGUUAUUGCACAUGCGCAGUACAUCAUGGCAACUUCAACAAAAAGAGCUUUAUUUUCGAGGAAUGCGUGUUUACACUAAGUC